AUGCCGAUUAUCGUGGACAAUUGCAAGGCCACCAAGGCGCCGGCCCCUUUCUCACAUCCCAAGGGCCCAUGUUAUGAUCCUGAAACCAUCGUCUUGACAUGGGAUGGCCCCCUUGAUCCCAAGAACCCCAUCAAUUGGCCCAAUUGGAAGAAAUGUGGAGUCGUGAGGAUAGGGCUGUUUGCAACAUUCAUCGCCUUGAUGAAUGGUACCAUCAUCACCACGGCGCACUAUGCCAUCGAUGAGGCAUUCAACAUUGAUGAGUCGACCUUCCCGCAUUCCUACUGGCCGGUCACGUCCUGGGGUAUUGGCGGCGCCCUCUUCUCCUUGUUCUUGCUACCGGUCAUGGAAGAUUUUGGCAUCCGCUAUGUCUUCCUGGUCGUCUAUCUGAUUUACAUUUGCUUCUUGAUUCCCACCGGUGUGGCGCAGAACUUUGCGACCCUGAUUGUCACGCGCUUCUUCUCUGGAGGAUGCGUUGCGAUCCUAGCUAACACUGUGGCUGGAAUUAUCUCCAACGUGUUUGUUGGGAACCGGGCACGAACGGUGCCUAUGAGCAUGUACAUCACUACCUACGUGGUUUCCAGCAGUAUGGGACCCGUUGUGGGUGCCUCCAUCUUCCAGUUCCUCUCGUGGCGGUGGAUCGGUUACUCGCAGCUCAUCUGGACCGGCGUCUUCUUCCCCCUGUUCAUCUUCGCUCUGCCAGAAACCCGUGGCUCGGCUAUUCUGCGGGCCCGUGCACAGAAGCUGCGUAAAGAAGGGAAGAAAACCUACACGCAGGACGAGCUGGACACCACCUCAGUCCUCAAGGUCGUUCUCAAGAGCGUGCAGCGCCCUUUGUAUAUGUUCUGCACGGAAUCGGUUGUCUUUGUCGCGACCAUGUGGUCUGCCUUCAGCAUGGGAACGAUCUAUCUGUUCACUCAAUCGGCCGAGCAGGUUUUUGUGGAAUUACAUGGCUUCGAUGCCGUUCAAUCGGGUUAUGUCCAGGUCGCCAUUGUCAUUGGGGAAAUCCUCGGCUGGAUCUUCUGUCUGCUCACCAACCGGUGGUACUAUAACUCAGCGCUCCGAAACACCGAAAUCCCGGGAACAGAGAUCCCGGAAGCCCGUCUGUAUCAGGCGCUGGCUGGAGGUUUGGUCGGCGUCACAGGAGGAAUGUUCGUCUAUGCCUGGACCUCCUAUACUUUCAUCCCGUGGAUCGCCCCUGCCAUCGGCUUGGCCAUGGUGGGCGCUGGCUCCACAUGUGUCCUGGUGAGCAUUGCCAAUUACCUGGUCGAUGCCUACAGCAAGUAUGCCGGAAGUGCCGUGGGCGCUAUCGGGCUGGGUGAGAACGUUUUCAUCGCCUUUCUUCCCAUGGCGGCUCAGAGCAUGUACGCCAAUCUCGGUUUCCAGUGGGCCAGUUCGCUACUGGGCUUUGUGUCGCUGGUCUUGGCUUUUGCUCCUGUGGCGGUCUUCAUCUGGGGCAAGGAUAUUAGAGCCCGGAGCCCGUUCAUGAAGGAGGCCGCCGAGGAUAAGAGAAGAGAUUCGGUGGUUUCUGCGCAGACAGCAGAGGUCUAG